GGAAGGGGGAGGGACAGGAAGUUCAAAUAACACCAACGUGGCAAAAUUACUUUCCCCCAACUCUUGCAAAUUUGCGAACAGUGUUUUCUCAAACACUUGAUUGGAAUCUAUAUUGUCCUGUUCCUCCAGGUGUGCGCUGUUUACUACGGACACACCAUGUGCGUAAUCAAAAGUUUGGUGGUACAAAGGUCAAAGGUUGCCUGGGACAAGAUGGCGCUGAUGUUCACAGCUACAGCGAAUAUAAAGAAGGCUGUGAGUCUGAUAAACCAGCUGGAUGCAGCCAAGUUCCCCAGGCUCCUGCAGAGGAUCCUUCAGAAGCUCCAUCUCAGAGAUGAUCGGUCCUUUUCUGAGGAGGAGGAGGAGAUGCUGCAGCAGGCCCUGGGGCUGCAGGGGGGCGAUCUACAGCUGGUGUUAGAGACAACAGCCUUCGUCUUGGAACAGGCUGCAUACCACAGUGCCAAACCAGCUGUGUUGGAAGAACAACUAAAGAACAUCCAGCUAGAGGAAGAUAAGAUAUCUGUGUUUGUGAAGGCGUGGUCAGCCAACGGUAAGGAGGUGAUCCUGAAGCUGAGGAAGAGAACUCUGGCUCCUGACCAGUUAGAGUCAGUGAACUGGAGACUGAACCUACAGAUGGCCCAGGCAUCACAGACUAAGAUGAAGCUGCCCAACGCCAUGUUUGAGUUGGGAGUCAGACAUGAUGAUGAUACAAGAGAAAAAGUGCGGAUGGAGUUCACUCAUGAUGAAUUGUAUGAUUUCUAUAGUCAGUUGGAGACGAUACAAGAACAGCUGGACACUCUUGGCUCCUGAUAAUCCUCUUGUACACCCUUUCAGAAAUUCAGAUAAACCUGUUUAUUUUAUUGUAUGUAAAUUACCACAUAAAUACUCAACUGUGACUUCAUUAGUCCUUACAAAUAUCAAGGUUCACUGUGAGAUCAUGAAUAGCAAUGUUACAAUUGAAUGUUGAUUCAGUAUUGUGUCAAAUACUGAAUGUGUUAAAUACAGACAUACCAAUGUUCAGGCACCUCAACCCUGGAUAUUGUAAGCAUGUGUAACAUGUAUGAAAAAGUAUUGUGGUUUCCUUCAUUGUGUUGCCAUCAAAGUAAAUCUUGUAAUCUUGAAAUUCAUAUAUCUCAAUUUUGAAGAUAAAUCACAGGAGAAAAGCAACUCAAGCCUUGGUUGUUUGAUAUUUGUAGUCUUAAUACCAGGCAUUCCAACCCAAGAUUAUGUUGGGAGAAACAAGUUUGGGGUAAUAAAUGUCCUGAAGAAAUUGAAAUCUCCACUUUGUGCUUACAGUUUGCACAUGUAUAUGUUUUUCUUGUUUAAAAGAUCUCAAUUCUUUGUUGGAAAUCAAGUCAAGGAAAGAGAGUUCAGUAUUAUGCAACUAGAAUGUUUAUUCAAUCCAAAUGAAUUACAUCACAAUAAAACUUGCG